CUUAUUCAUAAAACUUAUCUUAAUAUCUCAAUAACUUUUCUGAAAAACUUUAAAAAAAGAAAAGUACGGAGGGAAAAACUUAACUUUUCGAAAGAGAAAGUUACUAGUUGCGCGCGUGCGCCAAAUAACACGGUCCGUCCGUGGGGGAGGGGACUCCAUCGAUUUAUAUCGGAGUAGAAAUUCUUAUCUGAAUUGAAUAAUUGGAUUCCAUGCUAGCUACCUAGCUAGUAUUAACUUCGUCUUUGGUUGGACCAACCAAAGAGAAGCAGUUUUUUCCGUUCCAAAAUUAGCAACAGCAGCAAAGGGAGCUAACCUGGCCAUCUCCAAGCGCACAAUCAUGCAUCCAAUUGUAGCCAGCGACUAAUUCCUAUUUAUAUAUACUGGUCUAGUUUUGGCCAAGAACAGCUUGCUGGCCCGGCCCGGCCGGGUCAUUCUGAUGAUCUGGCACCACGACAACGUACUAGACAAGGAAAUGAAAGGAUCAGAGGAGAGAGAUUACUGUUCGAAUUCAUAGGAGGAUUAGUCGUUCUGGCCUUCACUCUCUAGAUAGUAGAUUGAUUCUUGUCUUCAUCGAUCGACCAUCCAGUGCGUGCGUGCUUGUUGGGUGGGAUGCUUCUUCUCUUCUAGGGCCAAGUCUCGCUCCAAUCCGAUCGCUGCCAGAGAUCACCUUCCCUCGCCGGCUGGUCGAGUUCCAUUGCAUCGCAUCGCAUUGGGAUUGAAUUGAAUUGAUCUGAAUGCUUGGGCAAAUUCGAUCAGGUCGUCCAUCGAAUUUGCUCAAGCAUUCGUUUCCAUUCCGGCUACAAGUUGGAAAUCAAGGCGGGAGCAGGCAACAAUGGGCAUCUUAUGUUGCUUCCAGUCCCACUCCGGCGGCGGGAGCGGGAAGCAUGGAGGAGGAGAGCACGCUGUUUCUUCCUCGUCGUCGGCUUCUUCUUCGUCUUCUGUUUCGUCCUGCCGCAAUAACAAUAGUGAUCGUACCGAGCGGCGGGCCGGCGAGGAGAAGAGCAACAACAGCAACGUCGACAACAGCAACCUCGUCGCCCUCGUCAACGAGAUCGUCGCCGAGUCAGUGAGCUACCGUCACAAGCGCGUGGCGGAGGAGAUCCUCAAGAUGGGCAAGGCGGGCAAGGUCACCGCGCGCGCCUUCACGUACGCCGAGCUGUCGGAGGCCACCGGCGGCUUCCGCGCGGAGUCGUUGCUGGGCGAGGGCGGCUUUGGCCGCGUCUACAGGGGGCGCCUCCCCCCGAGGUCAUCGGGGCCGGAGGUGGCCGUCAAGCAGCUGGACCGCAACGGUAUGCAAGGCACGCGCGAGUUCCUGGUGGAGGCGCUCAUGCUCAGCCUGCUCAAGCACCCCAACCUGGUGACACUGCUCGGCUUCUGCACCGACUCCGACCACCGCAUGCUGGUGUACGAGUACAUGCCGCUCGGAUCCCUCGAGGACCACCUGCUGGACCUGCCCCCGGGACGCGCGCCGCUCGACUGGGCCACGCGCAUGCGCGUCGCGCAGGGCGCCGCGCGCGGCCUCGAGUACCUGCACGACGCCGCGCGCCCGCCCGUCAUCUACCGUGAUUUCAAGGCCUCCAACAUCCUCCUCGACGCCGGCUUCCGCGCGCGCCUCUCCGACUUCGGGCUCGCCAAGGUCGGCCCCGUCGGCGACAAGACCCACGUCUCCACGCGCGUCAUGGGCACCUACGGCUAUUGCGCCCCGGAGUACGCGCUCACCGGCAAGCUCACCACCAUGUCCGACGUCUACAGCUUUGGUGUCGUCUUCCUCGAGAUCGUCACAGGCCGCCGCGCCAUCGACACCGCCAGGCCGCCCGACCAGCACAACCUCGUUCACUGGGCCAGCCCGCGCUUCAAGGACAAACGACGCUUCGCCGAGAUGGCUGAUCCGCUGCUCCAGGGGGCCUACCCCACCAAGGGCCUCUACCAGGCGCUCGCCAUCGCGGCCAUGUGCCUCCAGGAGGACGCCACCAUGCGCCCCGCCAUCAGCGACGUUGUCACCGCACUCGAGUACCUCACCGUCGCAGGCGGAGGCGCGGGCGAUGACGAACCUGCUCCGAAUAAUCCGGCUCUGAUUCAGAAGCAGCAGCAAACCGAGGACGACGCGCAAGCGUAACAUAUGUCUGGUUGGAAAUUUAAAGGAAUUCCAAUGCAUGCAAUACCCAUGCAUCGUCUUAACUAUAUAUAUAUAUAUGCAUAUACGUAAUUACAUACAUACUAUGUUGCAUGUGUAUAUCCUAUUGAUCGUGAA